UGGAGGAGACGUUGCAUACAUACUCACACAGAGAGGAUUUGUCGAGGGACGGACGGCAGCAUCCGUCACACACAUUCACACUGAGCCACGAUCCAUGUCUGUGAGCGGGCCUGCUCCGGCUCCAUGGCCUGAUCUGUAGCUUCUGCUCCGGCAGCGACGGCGGGAGGAGCUGCGGCUGUAGCCUGCGAGAUGCUCCGAGCUCUCCGCUACUGCUGCUGCAAGACAACAACACCGACACUGAAGCCGACCGCGGGAUUCAGCCAUGCUUUACAGACGGGCAGCCAGAGAAAUGCAGGGCGUUUUCCUCGACUGUCACAGAUGGCCAUUGUCGUCCUAAUCUUUUCACCUGAUUUCACCUGUCUUUUCUACGCCUUCAAAUGUGACUCUGGUUCUCUCCCAUUGAUGUCACUGGUGAAACUAAAGGCUAACACAAAACAAGACGCAGACAUCCGGUGCCAUGUGCUGUGUCCUCAGGUAUUUAUCACAUGUCGGUACCGGGAAACAAAUGUGGUGAACCAAUAAAUGAGCUCUUAUUAAGUCCUAUUCCAUUUUAACCAAAGAACAGUUUCUUAGGAGAUAAAUCCGCCUUCAGCAGCACAAAUCUGUCUCUGCCUGUGUACUAAAACGUGCAUAUUAGACGUUUAAAAUAAUAUUUGCUUUCAUUUUGCACGAUUCUAGUUAUGUGCUCAAUAUAUAGUCUCUAAAACAUCGGGUGUCCUGCAUGUCAGACGAGUGAACUGCUAAACCGUUAACUUGGCUAAAUACUUGAUGACACUGUGUUCUUCCUUGUCAUUACUUGUAAUAAGUUUCCACUGUUCAAACACGGACAGGAUGAACGACAUACCAUACCAGCUGAGGAAAUGUGUGGUCGGACAAACUACAUACCUGCUUACCACAGGAAGGUGUUUAAUCCAAUUGGAGGAUUUGUUAUUGCGCGUGCAUUUAUUUAUUUCCCAGAUUCAGCUGGUGCGGCCAGAGUUCAAGCUUCGCAGGAAUGGUUUGCUCUUGGCAGAACACAAGAUCAUCAAAUCCAUGGCAGCCAUGAGAGGAUGGUAAAAUGUCUGACUUGUGGUCAUGUGGGUCCAGUGUGGAUGUGGAAGGCACUGCUGUUCUUCGCGGCCAUUGCGAUUGCUGACCAGCUACUGGAUGUCAUCUUCAAGAAGAGCAGUGUCCAGCCAGCUGCUCACUCAAUUUUCUCAUCCCCUGAUGCUCAGGGGCCGUCCCUGGGCUCCUGCCAGCCCCACACCCACAUCAUGUUCCUCAAGACCCACAAGACAGCCAGCAGCACUGUGCUCAACAUGCUCUACCGCUUCGGAGAGGAGCGCAAUCUCUCCUUUGCCCUGCCAGUGCGCUACCAGCUGGGCUAUCCACUGCCCUUCAAAGCCACCAUGGUCAAAGGUUACCAGGGUCCCAGGGUCGUAGAGUUCCACAUCAUGGCUCAUCACAUGAGAUUCAACAAGCCGGAGGUGGAGAAGGUGAUGCCAGCAGACACGUUUUAUUUUUCUAUCGUCAGGAAUCCGAUCUCUCUGGCUGAGUCUGCCUUUGCGUAUUUCAAAUCAGUAGCACCUGCCUUUCACAAAGCCAAAACCCUCGGAGAGUUUGCUGAUAACCCGAUGAAAUUCUAUGACCCUAAUAUUACCUACAAUUUCCUCACCCGUAACCUGCUGUGGUUUGACUUUGGCAUGGACCACAAUGCUAAGUUUUCUGUGGAAGAGGCUCAGCGUGCUGUGGCCACAAUCCGUCAGACCUUCAAGUUGGUUCUGUUGUCUGAAUAUUUUGACCAGUCCAUGAUCCUGCUGAGACACGCUCUCUGCUGGCCACUGGAUGCUGUUGUCUCAUUUAGCCUCAACGCUCGCCAGCAGAAGCCCAGUGGGUUUGGGGGGAUGAGUGGGAGCUGGGUGAGCAAAGCUGCAGCAGUGGCUGGUGUCAAAGUUACAGGAGGACAUUCAUUAAUGAAGACACCUGAAAGUCAGUCACUAACGGAGGAACAGCGCGAUAAGCUGCAGCAGUGGAACACCUUUGACUGGUACUUAUACCAAGCCUUUAACCAGACCUUCUGGGAGGAAAUCCACAAGUUUGGUCUCGCUGAAAUGGAGCAAGAAGUAGCUCUUCUCAGGAUUCUGAGAGAAGAUCUGGCCCGGGUUUGUCUCAGGGACGGCGGUAAACCCGUGGAGGCACAACAGAUCAGAGAUAAAAGCAUUCGGCCAUUCCAGAGUGGACCCGUGAAGAUUCUUGGCUACGAGCUCCAGCCAGGGCUGGACAACCGCACGAGGACAUCCUGUCUUAGGAUGAUCAUGCCGGAGCUCCAGUACAAAGACUUGCUGGAUGCUAAACAGUUCCCUCGGGCUCAUACAGUCCAGCAAGGAAAGCAGACUUCAACCCGGAUGAGAAAAGACUCACACUGACCAGGAGAGAAGUUGGGUGGAGGACAGUAAAGGAAGGGGAGAGAGAGAAGCCAUUUAAUUCAGACCAACUAGAGAAAGAGUGAAGGUUGAGAUAGUUUAAGGUGAGUCUCCGUCCUACUUUAUUAUUAUUUCGAAUUAUUUUGAAAACUGAGCCAAGUGUGGUUUACACAAAAUAAUACAAAAUGAUCCUCCUUUGCACUCAAAAAUAUUUUUUUUUUAAAUGUCACUGCUCUUUGUGAAAUCCUUGUUGACUUGACCUACAUCCUCUGAGAACUUGGGAUACUCUCAUGGCUGCAGUAAGAUGCUAAGUUGGCAGUUGUGUGUUUUGUCUCACUGGAAUGUGAAGGGACGGAAGAAGAAGCAGUUCUUUUGUUGACAGGUUUAUCUCACAGUCAUUUGACAGCACACACACACACACACACACACACACACAGAAGCCUGUUUAAGUUUGUCUUAAUGUUAAUACUUUCAAGAGUUCUAGCUUCCAUGUUGACCUCAGUGCCCAUGUGUAAAAUUUCUCAAUGCAAGAUCACAUAGAAUCCCAGUUUGUGCCUCUCAAGCAGAACCACAGAGUCUCUGAACUAACUAUCUCUUUUACUAAGAUAAAAAAAAGUGUUUGAAAUAUAUAUUCCCUCAGACUUAAAGGUAUUUUCAAAAUGAUCAGAUACUCUUCCUACAAACUGAUGAAGAAAUGUUCUGUCCUAGACUUUCCUCUUGCAUUCCAUGUCUACAGAGAGUUGACAGGUUAACAUGGCUCAGUUCAUGUUAAAAUGUUAAACUGACACCCUCAGUCUGGCAUUUCACGAAUGUUUACAUGAUCUCCCACUCCUAUACAUCGUAAUGUCUAAGGGUAUGAAAUACUGUGUGUCUAGUAUUGGGUAUAUAUACCUGUGUAUCAUGUAGACUACACCACUGCACUCAGAUAUAUAUAAUGAAGUGGAAAUUCUUGUCCUUCAGAUGGUUUGAAGAGUUUUUGUGACACGUGACAAGUUCUUUUUUUCCUUUGUUUAAAAAGCCUCUGGGGCUCUAAAUUAGAGGACAAACUGGGGUUAGAGUGUGUACACAGCUCUAAUUUCCUUUGGCUAAUACUUUUUGUAGAGUUAGUACUGGCCGAUAACUCUGUUGUUCAGCUUGUGAAAUAUCUUUUAAUAAUACAAGAGGGGAAACUUGAUCUGAGGCCCGAACUUCUGUUCUGGGAAGCUGCUUGAUAGUCACCAGGCUGCAGGAGAUGUUAUGUAUUAGUUAUCUGUAACUAAUACCACUAUACAGUUGUAGCACUGCACGGCUACAAUGAUUUGUUUUUUUAACGAUAAUACCUGGUACCCUUUUUAGUAGCUGCUCUGGCAAGGUUCCAAGCAAGCUGAGCCAAUACUAAAGGUGAUGUUGACAGACUGCAAGCCACUGGUUGACAGAGAGUGUUAUUACUGGAAGAGUAAAGUCAUGAGUGUCAUGUCAGACACAAGAAUCAAACCGAACAAUGCUGAACUGUUAGAUCACAGAAAAAGACAUAACAAUCUCAAAAACAUGCAUUAAUCUCCAACAUUUAGCAGGGACAUUUCUAAAAUCUUAAUAUUUAAGAGAGGAGUCUGGUGCAUUCAGCGACAGGUUGGUUUCCCACUACAAAAUAGUACCAUGAAACUGCUGUGACUUUGUUUUACACGCGACACACAAACGACUGACUAGCGACUUGUAAAGCAGUUGUUUUCAGGACUAAAAUACAGUGGCAGGGUUAGUGAUGCCGGUCACGAUCACUAGUGCUGUCGCUAAAUACACCAGACUCCUCUGUGUAUAGUGAGAUUUCCCUAGUAAUUGUUGGAACAUUUUUUAAGGAUUGUUAAUUCGGCUUGAUUCUUGUGUCAGACGUCGCGGUCAUGCCUCUUUCUGUGACGGCAGUCUGACCAAUCCGUGGUCAGCAGUCUGACGACGUCACGCAUAGUAUCGCCUUAGAUUGCUUGGAACCUCACCAGAGCAGGUACCAAAAAAAUACCAGGUACUAUCGUUAGUGGAAACGAAACUUGCUGUGCCAAGGCAAGUCGAGUCAGUGGAAACAGUUUUACACAGAGACAUUUGACACAUCUGGGGGACGGGGUAGUCGUUAUGCUUUCCUUUCAGUUAGUCCCAGUAAACAAUGCAAGACACAAAGAGAGCAUUCACAAGUUAUGGUUCUGAAUGUCUCAGAGGAAGUUCAGCCUUUGCAUGUAACCCCUGCAAAAUGUGGGCGAGCAGGGGUGUGGCAGGGAAGUAGAAUUUAUGCUUCCUGCUGUGAGUUCUCACAUGGAUCCACUUGGACAUUAUCUGGAAAUUUGACUAGGGAGCUGGCAGUGGUGAAAUACAUGAAUACAGUGCAACUUAGAGCACAGAGCAUCAACUAGUCCUGAUCCUGCAUGCUCACACUCUGCGUCACAUUCCUAUAAAUGUCCUGAAACACAUCACAGUCGUUCAUAAUAGAGACACUGUACACGUGAGUCAUUGGCCCAGAAAGGCCUCUUCCAUUAAAGGCAGGGGAGAGCAUGUUAAAUCAGAAAUGCUGCAUGAUUUCUUCCCUUCUCAGUGUGAAAUGCUGCAGUGUGAUCGGCACUGAUAGGGACUGUAAUGGUUUCCUCUAUACCUUUGCAUAGCCUUUAGUGGAUGGGGCAAUCUCUUGACAUUGCACCUAACCUUUUCCUACCUUGCUUAGUAGAUAGUUAUCUGGUAAAUGUGAUACUUUCUUUAAUAAGUUGCUCAUUGAUUGAAAUAUAAGGGUUCCAUGAUUUGGUUACUCAAAAUGAAUUGAUAGGUAUAUGAUAUACAUAAUGUCACGAUAUGAUAAUAUCAUAACAACUCUAUGGUAUGAUAUUUGUUGCAGUUUUGUGAUAGUAAUGACAGUAUCCUUGGUACACCGUUUAUUGAUAUUAAUUAAUUUAAUGUGAUACAAUUAAUGGUAUUUAUUGCCACAGUACAAUAUUACAAUAUAACGAUUUUAUCUACGGUACGAUAUCUAUUGUAAUACUGUGAUAGUGUUCAUAGUACAAUACUUAUUGCAAUAUUGUAGAAGUGGCCACGGUACAAUUUUGUUUAAUUGCAAUAUCUUAACAGCUUUGAAUAUCUGGGUAAAUCUACCCAAGUAAAAGUAAUUAUGGUGGAGCCAAAUAAUUCCCUGCCCCCUAAAAUAAAAGUCUUAGACCACCAUUAGAUGUGUUUUUUAGUAAUGCUAUAAAGACCAUAUACUGUAUAAGUAUUUCUCUUCUCAUCUCUUUAUCAGAAUGAUUAUAUGUAGUUUUCAUUAGGUCAACCUGACUAUUUCCCAUAAGUUGUGAGCCAACGAAGCAGAGCUGUUCUUUAGUCGGUGUCUGCAGAAGUUAGCAAGAAUAUUUAGCAACGAGUUACUGAAUUUAGCGAAAGGCUGGGUGUGGAGGGAUUGCAGUUGUCCCCUCAACAAUGCCUUUUUCACUUUAGGCCAUGUCAAAUCCCUUAGGGGUGUUAACGUUUUUAAUCUAUAUUGGAAAAUGUGUUCACUAAUUAGCAUCAACUCGUGGUGGCCUAAGACUUUUGCACACCUCCGUAUAUGACCAGGAAUAUUUUUUGAGCGUGUAUUGGUACAACCUUAAUGCAUAAAAUGGAAAACAAUUGGUUAAUGUUCUCAAAAUAUUUGUUUACUAUAAACUUAAACUUAAAUAAUAUGGGUUUUUUUGUUUUUGUUUUCUAUCUCCAACCCUGCACCACCAUCAGAUAUAGAUUUUAACUCCAAAUGGACAAAAUGGGUCCCGACAGAUUUAAAUGACCAUAGAACUUGUCCUCUAGUGCCACCCUCAGGACAAACCUGUUUACUUCAACUGCUGUCAACUUUCUUUGCGUGUCCAAGGAACUUCAUGUGCACCAGUGCCGUCAUUUUAUUGUACACAUCUAAACAAACCUACAUGUUAUGUAACAGGGAAUAAGUCAGCUACUUCCAGCAGAUGCUUGCCUUUGUGAGACAUCACUGAGCUCAUCAGGAGCUACAGGGAAACACUUUUGUUGGGAUCUUUUUCAUGCCUUAGGAUGUCCCACAAUGGACCAGAGCUUAAAAUGUCCUAAAAUGUCCCCCCAUAUUUAUUAUUCUCUUUUCCAUGUGUACAUACUGUAUUUAUCAGGGUUUCUUAUCUGUAUCGGUUAUUGAUGAUGAUGGGAGGAGUGUGUCUGUUUCACUAUGAUGGAAUUUACCAUUGAUGUUUGUGAGGAAAUAUUGAUGUAUUGAUUGAUGAGCAGUCAAGUAAUUACGGUUGGGGCUGUAAGUCAGUGUUACAUAAUACAAUAUGUUAUGGUUUGACACCAUUAAACCACAGACUUCCUUCAGAUCUGUGCUUUAAAAUGAGCAGAUGAGUAAGAGGGAAGUCUUAUUGUACAUGACACUGAACAUUUACUGUAUAUACGAUAUCAUGUAUUGAUUUCAACCCACUCCUUCCUGACCAAAGUACUCAUGCAGCAACUAUUGUCCUACACCUACCAAUAUUACUAUUAGCAUUACUGUCAUGAGUGACUGUUGUGAAAACGUUUGAUUAAUUCACAAUAUUGAAGUAGUAGCAUUCAGUUAUGAUUAAGAAAAUAAAAAACCUUUAUGUUGAAAAUCAAAAUUGUAAUUUUUCAUAAAAACAUAAUCUACAUCUUACAUUUAUGUAUUAAUUAUGCCAAGUCACAUUUAAAUACACAUAAGCUACAUUGAUCUACACAUCUGAUGUCACAUUUUAGUAUCAGCUCAGCUCGCUUGGCACCUCGCCAGAGCAGGUACCAAAAAAAACACUAGUUUCCAGGUACAAUCCCGAAUAGAAAAGCAAAAUGAAAUACAAAAAAAUGAGUGGAAAGGCGCCAUAGAUGAAGUUAUAUUAUUGCACUGUGCCCCCUGCACCUAAAACCAGCAUGAGACAGGCAGCGACACUCAACAUGGCUGUCAUAGCGGACAAAAUAAUUUUAACUAUAUUUUAACCACUCACCCAAUAAAAUUUACACCAGCUUAUGUCUACCACAUGAUACGAGUAUAGUAUGCAUUUGUCGCUUUAUGUCACAGUUAAACAGCCUUUUCCUGUCUGGAAGCUGAAGGAUGUGUUGCAUACUGGUCAUUCAGAAAGUGAUUGUGUACUCUGGUUUGGAUCUUACUUGAAACUGCAUUCAUUUGCUGAACAUUGUAUUAAACCAUGCUCCUUGUGUGUAUCCAGUGAGGUUUUUUCUUUUCCUCUUGUACUGAAUAAAUGCAACAUUUUUUAACAUCAA